GCUGCCUAAGAAUCUCGCCCCGUGUCCAGAUACAUUCCGCCUGUCGCCUCCACUCGUCUUCUCCCCUAUUUCUUCCUUCAACUUCCCGAGUUGCAGCCCCCGAAUUUUGCACACCAGCGUCUUGUUCGUCUGGUCUGACAGCUGCGAGCGACCGCCGCCAUGGUCCGUCUCCGAGAAAUACCCAGAACGGCCACCUUCGCGUGGUCGCCUGGGCCGAGGCAGCCAUUGAUUGCUACGGGAACGAAGGCGGGCGCCGUCGACGCAGACUUCUCAAAUGAUACCACGUUGGAGCUCUGGGAGCUCAACUUGGACAGCGCGGAGCAGGGCAUUGAGCUGCAGCCCGUCGCUACUGUGAACGUAGAAUCGAGAUUCAAUGGCAUUGCCUGGAGUCAGCCGAGCGAGUCGUACCCUCGAGGAAUAAUAGCGGGCGCAUUGGAUAGCGGGGCAUUGGUGCUCUGGGAUGCGGAAAAGCUGCAGAAGGGAGAAAGCGAUGCGCUUAUAGAGCAGAUCGACAAACACACCGGCCCCAUUCAGGCCAUCCAGUUCAACCCCUUCCGACCCAACAUCCUCGCCACCGCAGGCGCUAAGGGCGAGCUCUACGUCCACGAUCUCGACGAUCAGUCCAAGUCAUUCCGCCUGGGCAAGGCGGGCGCGAACCCAGACGAAUAUACCUCGUUGGACUGGAACAAGAAGGUGGCACACAUCCUCGCAACUGGCAGCAGCGGAGGCUUCGUCACCGUGUGGGAUGUGAAGCAGAAGAAGGAGAACCUCACAUUGAACAAUUAUGGCAGGAAAACAGUGAGCUCAGUAUCAUGGGACCCCGAGGUUCCCACGAGGCUGGUCACAGCCAUCCCCACAGAUCAGAACCCACUGGUACUGGUGUGGGAUCUCCGAAACUCGAAUGCUCCGGAGAAAACGCUCCAAGCCCACGACCAGGGCGUGCUUUCAAUUUCAUGGUGUGUGCAGGACAGCGACAUCCUGCUGUCCGCUGGCAAAGACAACCGAACGAUCGCGUGGAACCCGCACACGGGCGAAUAUCUUGGAGAGUUCCCCGUCGUGACUAACUGGACGUUUCAGACGGCUUUCAACCCCUCGAACCCAAACUUGCUCGCCACUGCGUCCUUCGACGGCAAAAUCGCCGUCCAGUCUCUCCAAAACACCGGCGCUGGAGCCGAGCAAACGAAGUCGACCGCACAGGCAUUGGAUGGCGAAGACUUCUUCUCGAAGACACACGUUGAACCACAGGGCGCUUCUUUCUCCUUGAAGGCACCGCCAAAGUGGCUCAGACGGCGCGCCGGUGUGUCGUUUGGGUUCGGUGGCAAGUUGGUCCGCUUUGGCAUUGCAGAAGGUAAAUCGAAGGUCAGCAUAUCCACCUUCGAAGUGGACUCCGAUAUUGGCGCAGCAAGUGAGGAGUUCGCCAAGACUCUGGAGCAAGGUGAUCUUGCCGCUAUCUGCGAAUCGAAGAUCGCGAAAGCGAGCACAGAUGAAGAGAAGGCUGAUUGGAAGGUCAUCGAGACGCUCAUAUCGGACAGCCCCCGUAACCACCUUAUAGAAUACUUGGGCUUCUCAGGUGUUGAACAGGAUGAAGAGGUCGAGGAAAAGAAGGAGUCUGCAGGAACCGAUGGUGCAGAGGAGGAAGGGGCUUCUUUCUUCGACCAAUCGGAUGAAGGAGGCAACUUUCUCUCUGACCUCGCGGCAUCCAAAGGCGCAAAGACAAACAACCCGUUUUCGAUCUACUCCGGCUCCGAAUCCGAUGCCGACAAGAAGAUCACUCAAGCACUCAUGCAAGGUUCUUUCGAGACAGCCGUGGACGUUGCUUUGAAGGAGAACAGGCUUUCUGAUGCAUUCAUGAUCGCCAUUUGCGGAGGAGACAAGUGUAUUGCGAAGGCUCGAGCAGCAUACUUUAAGAAGCAAACAGACGGCCCCAAGUACACUCGUCUUUUAGCUUCGAUUGUCGGAAACAACCUUUGGGACGUGGUGUACAAUGCUGAUCUGAAGGAUUGGAAGGAAGUCAUGGUCACUCUCUGCACAUACGCUGAUAAGACCGAGUUCCCCGACCUCUGUGAAGCCCUCGGUGACCGGCUGGAGGAAGCCAUUACUGAGGAGACAGAGUCUUACCGAAAAGACGCCUCUUUCUGCUACCUGGCAGGUGCGAAACUUGAAAAGGUUGUCGUCAACUGGGCACAAGAGCUGCAGGAGAACGAGGCUGCAAGCGUUGAGAACUCUACCGGCGACAACAGCUUCUCCAUCCACGCAAAGUCUCUGCAGGAUUUCAUUGAAAAGGUCACCGUCUUCCGACAAGUCACCCAGUUUCAGGAUCAGGAGCAGACUAAGGAGGCAGAUUGGAAGCUCGGCCCGCUAUACGCUAAGUAUGUUGAGUACGCCGAUAUCGCCUCUGCACACGGCAAGCUGUCCAUCGCUGAGAAAUACCUGGAUCUCCUACCCGAAAAGUACCCUGCUGCAGAUGUGGCAAGGGACAGGGUCAAGAAGGCGACAAGAAAGGCAGCACCACAAGCAGCUCAACGACAGACCCCAGCUGCUUCCGCUCAACGUGCCUCCCGAGUGGUACCUACCUACCCAGCCCAAACGCCUGUGUCAGCGAUCCCAGUUGCCGCUCCAUUGCAGCAGCCUGGCUCUCAGUAUGCCCCACCUAACCCCCUCGCACCUCAAGCACAGAAGCCUGCACCAUCCUACACUCCAGCACCUAGCCGGAAUGCCUAUACUCCUGCAGGAUACCAGCCAAGCGCCCCGUCUGUGCCUCAAUAUGGUGGAUACCAGCAACCUCAAGCAAACCCUCUUGCACCACCUCCGCGUAACUUCUCUAGCUCUCCUUCAGUAGCACCCGCAGCUACCCAGAAGAACAUUCCUAAUUGGAAUGAUAUGCCAGAAGGCUUUAUUGCGCCGCCAAAGCCAGCGUCACGUCGCGCCACUCCUCUCAAUGCUGUAAACUCACCAUUCGCUGCCCAGCAGGGUCCCCCUCAACCUUUCGGGGGCCCUUCGCCGACGUAUCCUCCACAGUCAAGGCCAACUCCCCCACCGCCACCAAAGGGACCGCCGCAAGGCCCACCUCGUAUCUCGUCACCACCGACAUCUGCGAAUGCUGCUCCCAGCCCAUACGCUCCGUCGGCCCCUUCGAAUGCGUACACCCCGCCGCCAUCGAGCUUUGCUCCCCCGCAGCAACCUCCUGUUCCCCGCGGUACUUCGCCUUACAACCCUCCCCCAUCGUCCGCCCCGCCGUCCAACCGCUAUGCUCCUGCACCCGGGUCGACGCCUUCAGGACCGCCAGCGGGUAUGCCACCUCAACGACAGGUCGCGCCACCGCCAACUCAAUUUGGAGGUGCCUCGCCCUACUCCCCAGCGCCGUCCUCUUACGCUCCAGCACCGGGAGCGCAGGCACCACCUCAGGCAGCGGCACCGCCCCCAGGAGGUCCGCCACAAGGCCCACCGAGAGCCGGCCCUCCACCGGGCGGUUUAUUCCAGACAGGUCCUCCAAGGCCAGACUCGCGUCCGGGGACCGCUUCCUCACAACGAGCGGCCCCCGCUGCACCCAAGCACCCCGCCGGCGACCGGUCUCACAUCCCUGAUGCAUCUCGUCCCAUCUACGAGAUCCUCAACGCAGACAUGCAACGCGUGAAGGCCAAGGCUCCUGCCAACUUCAAGGCACACGUUGCAGAUACCGAAAAGCGGCUCAACAUUCUGUUCGACCACCUGAAUAACGAGGAUCUACUCAAGGCGGACACUAUCCAGCUUAUGAUUGAGCUUGCAGGACAUAUGCAGGCCAGACAGUACGACGAAGCAAUCGCGUUGUUUACGGAUCUGAUGACGAACAAGAGCGACGAGGGUAGCAACUGGAUGGUUGGUGUGAAGCGCUUGAUUCAGUUCAGCAAAAGCACGCCGCAUUAGAUGGGAGAGACAAGACGGGACGUUCCAGCGCAUAGUGGCAUGCAGUGGGCGGAUUGAUGUGAAUUAGCGAUGUAUGGUUUAUACAAGAAUUGAUGAUGAGACUUGAGC